GUUGGUUUAGUUGAUUUUUGUUUUAGUUCAAUUUGUUGACGUGUUCUUGUUUGUGACUGCAAGGUAGCCUUGAUGUUAAAGAAAAACAAAAGCAGUGGAGGCGGCCAUUGAUGUUCUGUGCCUUUUUAAGGAAGAAACGCCACCCUCGUUAAUGAAGUGUUGUGCUGGCUCAGACUGUGCCUAGAAUCUGGAAUCUAAACCUAGAAAGGAGAAGAGCAACUGGCCUCAUUUAGCGUUUUACUGAAGGUUUCUGCAUCGCGUAAUGUUUGCCGGGGAUUCUUCCUUUCCUGUCCUUCUUGGAAAAAGUGUCGCUUGAAAUGCUAAAUUGGCACAAAAGAAGUUGCACAUUUUAUCUUAGCGCCCUGCCUGGAGACAGUCGUUGGUACAGCAAGUAAAAUAUGAACUUGAUGAGCAGUUGCUGACUGAAGAAACCAUAAAAAAGAUGCUUGACAUAAAAGCCUGGGCAGAAUAUAUUGUGGAGUGGGCUGCAAAAGACCCAUAUGGUUUCCUUACCACUGUGAUCUUGGCGCUAACUCCUCUAUUCAUAGCUAGUGCAGUGUUGUCAUGGAAGCUGGCAAAAAUGAUUGAGGCCAGAGAUCGUGAACAAAGGAAGAAACAGAAACGUCAGGAAAACAUUGCAAAAGCAAAGAAGCCAAAGAAAGACUGAAAGACUUUCCAAGUGUGAAUCAAAUCCAUCUUUUUUGCAGUUUAUUGAAGGCUUUGUUGUAUCAGGAUUGACACUCAGGGAAAGGAUAUUCCAAAAAGAUGAGCUUGUCAGCUGGAAAUCAAGGCUAACCCUUACAAUGAUUUAUUUUUGUCAGAAUAUGUUUUUGUAAAAUCAUCUGUACCAGUUAUUAAAUACAUUUGUGGGGGUGAGUGUGCACUCGCAUGCAUGCACUCACUUCCAUGCCUUUAACCAGUC